CGUCUAUUAGAAUAUAACUGAUUUUCAAUAAACAAAUUAUAUUCCGAGUAUACAUGAUGUAAUAAGAAUACUUAAGUUUGCAUUUCGAUUAGUUUAAUUUAAUCUUAACUAUCACGGAUUGAUUUACAGUGUGGUUUAGUAGACUUAAAUAGUCUUGUGGGUUACUUGUAUUGAUCACAAAGGAAGGAAACUGAUCUAAAGCUGCUGAAUCAUGUUUAGCGUUUUUACACGAGUUUCUACAUGUCUGUGAUUCUACUGGUCUAUUAAGCUACUUAUAUUGUUCAACAGUAUUUGUUAGGUCGUUAAAUUCAAUUUGAAGCCAGAAAAGGGCUCAAUUGAGGUUAUAGGUUAUGUUUGAUUACUUUAGGGCUUGGCAAGGGGCCCAGCUUAGUUGGUUUGGUCGUCUCACGUAAGAUAUAUCAUGUUUUUGUGGGAUUGGUUCACCGGAGUUCUUGGAUAUUUAGGUUUGUAUAAGAAGUCUGGCAAAUUGCUUUUCUUGGGCUUGGAUAAUGCUGGCAAAACAACGCUGCUUCACAUGCUAAAAGAUGACCGUCUUGCGCAGCCAGUUCCCACCCUGCAUCCAACUUCAGAAGAGCUUUCUAUUGGCAACAUGAGGUUUACAACAUUUGACCUUGGAGGCCACACACAAGCUCGCAGAGUGUGGAAGGACUAUUUCCCUGCAGUAGACGCCAUUGUGUUCCUAGUGGAUGCUUGUGACAGAGAGAGGCUGCCUGAGAGCAAGGCAGAGUUAGACAGUCUGUUGACAGACGAGUCCCUGUCCAGCUGUCCCGUCCUUAUCCUGGGGAACAAGAUAGACCGAGCAGGUGCUGCAUCGGAGGACGAGCUACGUGGUUUCUUCAACCUUUAUGGCCAGACCACAGGCAAGGCAAAGGUCCCCAGGAGUGAACUCCCCACACGACCUCUAGAGCUGUUUAUGUGUUCAGUGCUCAAGAGACAAGGGUACGGUGACGGCUUCCGCUGGCUGGCCGAGUACAUUGACUGAUAUGGAGGAUUUCAAGAAACAAGAAGGCAACUGAAUACCCUUUCAACCUACACAACCAAAUUGUGAUAAAAGCUAGGUUUUCAAAGACGGUUGGUUGUUAGUGUGCCACAACAAAACAUUUAUGGUGGUGCUCCUCCGAUUUCUCCUGGCUCUGUGUUUGCUACACUAUCAAAUUUUAUUGAUGAAAAACCUCAAUCAGUUAUUGUUUUUACGUACCAUUAAAAUCACUAAAGCGUAAUUGUACCAUUAAAAUCACUAAAGCCUAAUUGUUCCCUAUAUUACUAGCUGUUUUUAGGUUAGUCUCACGAUUUAUCCAGUAUUUUCCUUUUAUUUAUUUGUAUGUCAAAACAUCAUAAUAUAGAUUAAUAUAUUAAAGACAGACAUUUGGUA